UGAUGAGAGGCCACGGAGCGUUGCGAGAUCCCGGCUAAGUAUAGCGUUGCAUUUCUCCCCUUUGACUUCAGCCUCCACAGCAUGUACAAAAUACUCUCCAUAACGAUACCGCCUCCGCCUCCACCUUCUCUUCCAAACGCUAGAAUCAUAGCUCCGUCGCCUCUAUUGCCGCCGAAUGCUUCUACGACCAACGCGUCUCGUUUAGAGAAGAAAUUUCUCGUAACAGCCGCAAAAAAAUCGAACGGUAGGACUGAAACAUCAGAGUCGGCGUUCAGUACAUGCUUCUUCUUCUUCUAUGGCUGUUUGAUGGACCCCGAUGUACUCCAGACAGCUCUAGGAUUUCCCCAAGCUCCCGUCGUCUGCGAUUGCUGGGUUGAGGGCUUCUCGACGAAGACGUGGGGUAUGUAUCCGACACUGAUACCCCGUUCACGCGGGAAUAUUCCAGGGACUACGUGAAAUAUCGAUGAGGUAUCACAUUUCUUACGGCUUUAGGAGUAUGAAACUUCAGCCUUUACUUAGUGCACUUGUGAUAUCGAGUUAGACAACGGAGAGACGAUUCGUGAUUGCCGCACUUUCUGCUGGGCUGGGACUCCUGGAAGCCACGAUCUUAAGGAGGGGAGGUUCGAUCUUGUGCGAUAUCAAGAGUAUAUCAAGGGUUCCGUCGUCUGUAAAGAUCGGCUCAUGCUAAUCUAAACUUUUGUGU